AUGGCACCAAAAGGCGGUUACAGGAAAAUCUCUGCUGAUGAAGAUAAAAAAGUCAGUUUUGUAUCUUCACUUCUUUUUUGUUGGAUGAACGAAGUCCUUAGGGAGGGCAGUCAAAGACCUUUGGAUCAAAAUGACUUUUUACCCUUGUCAGAGGAGAACUCUGGCCGUUUUGUCACCGACAAGCUUCGAAAGAGCUGGGAAAGCGAGAAACAUGAUUGCAAGAUGAAUGGGAAAAGGCCCAGACUUUGGAAAAGCGUGUUUGAUAUGCUUUCUGCCAAAGAUGUUAUCAUCAUUUUGACGGGGAAUGUAUUAUGUACAACUUCUCGCCUUCUCUUUCCACUGUUUCUCGGGUAUCUUGUUUCUGAGCUAACGUCAAGUGAGGCAGAGAAUACUUAUCGGCUCUACACCUGCGCAUUAGCUAUGUGUCUCAAUGGUUUGAUUGGUGGUCUUGGUAUGCACCAGCGAGACUACAGAUGUGAAAUAUUAGGGAUCAAAAUAGGAAGUGCCCUAAGGGGACUGGUGUAUCACAAGGUAGGCACGAUCUUAAAGAGCAUUCUAUGCAUUUUUUGA